AUGCAAAAUGACAUUCAAACCAAAAAGAACGACUAUAACCACCCUUAUCAACCCUAUGAUAUUCAAAUAGAUUUCAUGAACGCGGUCAAUGAGACUUUGAAUGGUGGCUACAAAAUUGGUAUAUUUGAAAGUCCAACUGGUACUGGUAAAACCCUUUCCCUCAUAUGCUCCACGGUCACAUGGCUGAGGUCUCAUUAUUCAGCUGAAUCAGGAUCAAACGGAAAUGGUGAUAAAGAAGAAGAAGACGACGAUGAACCGGCUUGGGUUAAAGAAUCAUAUAAUAACAUGGUUAACAAGCAAAAAUUGGAUGCUGCAAAGGCAUAUGAAGAGAAUUUAUCAAAGAUUGCUGCUAAUCCAAAUUUGAAAACAAUCAAAACAGAAGACAAUACUACCAAAAGACAUAAAAGAUUCAAAAGAGUGGAAAUAGAUGCUACAGAAGAUGAAAAUUUCCUUCCUAAUGACUAUCAUUCAGACGACGAAUCUGCUAUUGAAAAAAGUCAAACUUUAAAAGAGAAAAAUGAUGCAAUUAGUUCAGAAAUUCAAAUGAUGUUAAAGAACAUCAAUAAACAAGAUAGAGAUGAUGGUUCAAAUUCUGAAAAAGAUGUCAAGGUUUUAUUUGCAUCUCGUACUCAUUCUCAAUUAAGUCAAUUUUCAUCACAAUUAACACUACCUCAUUUUCCAUCUUCUAUUGUUGGUAUUGAAGAACAUCUAAAAUAUUUAUCAUUAGGUUCAAGAAAACAGUUGUGCAUUCAUGAAAAAGUGUCCAAAAUGAGCGAUGUCUCCUUGAUGAAUGAAGCUUGUCUUGAUUUACAAAAACAAGAGUCUAAACAUAAAUGUGAAUUUUUCUCAUCUCAAAAAGAUCAUGAUAUGCAAAAUAGAAUUAUAGAAUUUAGAGAUCACAUAUUUUCAAAAGUUCAGGAUAUAGAAGAUCUGAAUUCUGUUGGUAAAAAUUUAGGUGUUUGUCCAUAUUACUCAACUAGAAAAGCUAUACCAGGAUCUGAAGUUAUAACUUUACCUUACCAAUUGCUUCUACAGAAAUCAUCUAGAGAUGCACUAAACAUCUCCAUUAAAGAUUGUGUUGUUGUCAUUGAUGAAGCCCAUAACUUGUUAGAUACAAUUAUAUCUCUUCAUUCAGUCGCUGUUACAAUAGAUGAAUUUUCAGCUUGCAAAAAGGCACUGAAAAGAUAUCUGGGUAAAUUUUCAAGAAGACUUAAUGGUGGGAAUAGAGUUAAUAUUAUUAAAAUUACAAAAUUCAUUGAUUUAUUCUUGAAAUAUGUUGAUUCUUGUGAUAAGAAAGUACCAGGUAAAGAAAUUGAUCUUUUAGAUGUUUUCAAAGGAACUACAGGUGAUAUGCUAAACAUUAGAAAACUAGAGAAAUAUCUUACAGUUUCCAAGAUUGCAUUCAAAAUUGAAUCGUAUAUGGAGAAACAAGAUCAAUCCUCAACACCAACACUUUUCAAAGUUAUUGAAUUUUUGAAAGCCGUCUCUUAUCCUUCUAAAGAAGGUAAAUUCUUCUUUGAUGUUAAAAAUGAUGUUGUAUCUUUGAAUUAUAUGUUACUUGAUCCAUCUCAAAUAUUUAAAGAGAUUGUUGAAGAAGUUAAAUGUGUGAUUCUUGCGGGUGGUACGAUGGAACCAGUUGAAGAUUAUACAAAUUAUUUAUUCCCAUAUUUGGAACCUUCAAAAGUUAAUAAGUUUAGUUGUGGUCAUAUUAUACCUAAAGAGAAUCUAAACGUUUUCAUCAUUGAUAAGAAUAAGUCAGAAUUUGAAUUCUCGUUUGGUAAAAGACAAGAUAAUUUAAUGAAAGAAGAUUUUGGAAGAUCAUUAUGCUCAUUGAUGAAAAACGUUCCAGCUGGUAUGGUUGUGUUUUUACCUAGUUAUAAAUUUUUAGCUGAUAUUGUUUCUGUCUGGAAAAAGUCUAAUAUCUGGAAUGAAAUAAAUUUUAUAAAAAAGGUUUUCAUGGAAUCUGCAACGACUGAUGUAUUGGAAGACUAUAGCCUUAAUGUUGCAGAAGGAAAAGGAUCACUUCUAUUAUCAGUUGUUGGUGGUCGCUUAUCAGAGGGUAUCAAUUUUUCAGAUGAUUUAGCUAGAGCUGUUGUUAUGGUCGGACUACCUUUCCCAAAUGUAUUUUCAGAUGAACUUGUUUCAAGAAAAAGGUAUAUUGAGAGUCAAGUUUUGGAGAAGACUGGUGAUAAAAGACAGGCAAUAGAAGCUACAAAAUCAUUCUAUGAAAAUAUUUGUAUGAGAGCAGUGAAUCAAAGUGUUGGUAGAUCUAUAAGACAUAGAGGUGAUUAUUCUACUAUAUAUUUUUUUGAUAAGAGAUAUCAUACUCCAAGAAUUAGAUCCAAAUUAUCAAACUGGAUUAAAGAAAGAGUUAGUGAAACAUCGUCGUUUGAUUCAAUAUUAAAAGAAACAAAUUCGUUUUUCAGAGAGAAAAAGAGGAAAUAA